CGUGUCAUUCAUCAACUUCCGGUGUCACGGGGUACCCGGGAGACGGAGCAAAAAAGCGGGCAUACCGAAAUCUUUAUUGUUUUCGCUCGGCGUAAAACAUUUGAAUGCGUAUACAUUUGACUUAUAAAGUCACACAACUGCGCCUUAUGGGCCAGUGACCGUCCGGGAUUUGCAUUUGGCUUUGAAAAUAGUCUCAUUCAUUCGGAUUUCGCUUUAGCUCGCUAGCUAACAGGCUAACCAGCGUCCGGAGCAGCGGGCCUAUUCUUCUGGACUUUGCUACGAGCUAGUUAGCCACCGUUAGCAGGCUAACCCGAAGCGAACACGUUUUCUUUCUCAAUGAUUUUCUCUGUUACGUUGUAAAUGAACACCACACCGCCCACGUGUGUGCUGGCUAACUGUUUCUUUGUAGUUUAGUCGUUACAUAAGCUGCUAGUCGAAGUGAAUUUACUCGAGCUACACCAGCGAGGCGCUUGUUGUGUGGUUUUUUUUUUUUUUUUAAAGUGUUGUUCACUUUGUUGCUAGCAUAAGCUAGCCACCGCCAACUGAACAACGCAGUCGCUGAAAGCGUCGCAGCCUUCAACUCACAGAGAUGUCGGACUUCGACGAAUUUGAAAGGCAGCUCUCUGAAAACAAGCAAGCACUCUGCACUCCUGCAGCUGAAAGGGAUAAAGAAAACCGCCACCACCGCCGGUCCUCCUCCCGCAGCCGUAGCAGAGAGAGGAAAAGGAGGAGCAGAGACCGGGACAGACGCAGCAGGGACCGCCGUGGGGACAGUAAGGAGCGCAGACACAGACGCAGCUCACCAUCCAGCUACCCCCAGGACAAUGCUGGAAGCCGUUCUCCACACCGGGAGAAGAAGAAGAAGGUGAAGAAGUACUGGGAUGUCCCUCCACCUGGUUUCGAACACAUCACUCCCAUGCAGUACAAAGCCAUGCAAGCUGCGGGCCAGAUCCCAGCCACAGCCCUUCUGCCGACCAUGACUCCAGAUGGCCUGGCUGUUACUCCCACCCCUGUACCUGUAGUGGGCAGCCAGAUGACCCGGCAGGCCCGCCGACUCUACGUGGGCAACAUCCCAUUUGGUAUCACAGAGGAGUCCAUGAUGGACUUCUUCAAUGCCCAGAUGCGUUUGGGUGGUCUAACUCAGGCCCCUGGAAACCCGGUCCUUGCUGUACAGAUCAACCAGGAUAAGAAUUUUGCCUUCCUUGAGUUCCGUUCAGUGGAUGAAACAACACAGGCCAUGGCCUUUGAUGGCAUCAUCUUUCAAGGCCAGAGUCUCAAGAUUCGCCGUCCACACGAUUACCAGCCCUUGCCCGGCAUGAGCGAGAACCCCAGUGUCUAUGUGCCUGGUACACAGACAAUUAAUGGUGUGGUGUCGACAGUGGUGCCUGACUCAGCUCACAAGCUCUUCAUUGGUGGCUUGCCCAACUACCUGAAUGAUGACCAGGUGAAGGAGCUGCUGACGUCAUUUGGCCCCCUGAAGGCCUUCAACCUGGUGAAGGACAGUGCCACAGGCUUAUCUAAAGGAUAUGCCUUUUGUGAAUAUGUUGAUGUCAACCUUAAUGACCAGGCUAUUGCUGGGCUGAACGGCAUGCAGCUGGGAGACAAGAAGCUCCUGGUGCAAAGAGCCAGUGUGGGAUCCAAGAACGCCACUCUGACAAGUAUAAACCAGACCCCAGUGACGCUGCAGGUGCCAGGUCUGAACAGCUCAGUGACUCAGAUGGGUGGCCUGCCCACUGAGGUGCUGUGUCUGAUGAACAUGGUGGCCCCAGAGGAGCUGCUGGAUGAUGAAGAAUAUGAGGAGAUUGUGGAGGACGUCAGGGAUGAGUGCAGCAAGUACGGUCAAGUUAAGAGCAUCGAGAUACCUCGACCUGUGGAUGGCUUGGAGGUGCCUGGAACCGGCAAGAUCUUUGUGGAGUUCAUGUCAGUUUUUGACUCCCAGAAGGCCAUGCAGGGGCUGACAGGAAGGAAGUUUGCCAACAGGGUGGUGGUGACCAAAUACUGCGAUCCAGACGCUUAUCACCGCCGGGACUUCUGGUAGAGGAGGCAUGAAGACAAGACGGGGUGGGGG